AUGGAAGACCCCGAUAGCCAGGAAACUCGCGAUUUCGUCACAGCGCAAAAUGCAGUAACGAAUGAAAUUCUAUCGGGGAUCAAAGAUAGGGAGAAGCUGAAGGAGCGACUGACGGAUCUGAUGGAUUCUCCUGCGUACGGUUGUCCGUUCAAGUACGGUGGCAACUACUUCUACUUUCACAAUACUGGACUCCAAGCACAUAGUGUUCUCUACGUGCAGAAAUCGCUAGAAGACGAAGCUGAGGUGCUGUUGGAUCCGAACACGUGGAGCGACGACGGGACUGUAUCUCUUGGCACGUACGCUUUUAGCGAGGAUGGCGAGUACCUGGCGUACGCUGUGAGCCGGAGCGGCAGCGAUUGGAACCCCAUCAAGGUGCUGCGCGUGGGGAGCAAGGAGAACGAGCCGGGCGAGCUCAAGAACGUGAAAUUCACGUCCAUUGCGUGGACGCACGACAACAAGGGCUUCUUCUACAACCGAUAUGACGGAGUGGAUGCGGAGGGUGGGGCAGCAGGGACGGUGAGGGUGGUGAACCAGCGGGUGUACUACCACGUGCUGGGGCAGGUGCAGGCUGACGACGUGCUGUGCUGGGAGAGCAAGGCGCAUCCCACGUGGAUGUUCGGCUCACAAGUCAGCGACGACGGUAAGUACCUCAUUAUAAGCACAUGGGCGAACUGCGACCACGACAAUCUUGUCCACGUCAUCAACCUCCAGCAGCUGCCACGUGGACGCCUGGAUGGCACUCCAGCUCACGCUGCCCCUGCACCUGAUGAGAGCCUCGAGAAGGAUGCAAACAAUGAGAAUGAAGAGACUGUGGUCUUUAAAAGAGAAGAUGGGGAUGAUAGGGAUGGUGGGGAUGGUGGGAGUGGUGGGGAUGGUGAUGAUGGUGAUGGUGGUUCUGUGCGCCUGCCUGCCAUCACGCUUAGAGGCCGGUUUGACGGCAUGUUUAGCUAUGUGACCAACGACGGCCCUGUGUUCACCUUCCACACCAAUAAGGAUGCGCCACGUGGCAAGGUGGUGCGGAUUAUUCUGCCAGAGGGUACUGGGUUGGACGGUGGACACAAGGAGGGGGGGGGUGGAUUGGGGGGUGCAGAGGGCAGGCAGAAGGGGAAGAAGGAGGAGGAGGGAGAGGAAGAGGAUGGGAGGUGGGAGGAGGUGGUAGGGGAGGCGGAGGGGGAUGUGUUGGAGUGGAUCCGGUGUGUCAACCACGGCAUGCUGCUGCUGUGCUACAUGCGCGACGUGAAGAACGUGCUAGAGAUCCGCGCCCUCACCGACGGCUCCCUCCUCUCCACCGUGCCGCUCCCCAUGGGUGCUAUCUCCUCCUCCUCGGGCCGUCGUGCCGACAGCGAGGCUUUCUUUUCCUUUGAGAGCUUCCUCUCCCCCCGCACUGUGUACCGCUGCGACCUCACCAACCCUCACCCUGAACCACAGGUGUAUCGCCAGUUAACUGUCCCAGGCUUCGACCCCUCACUGUUUGAGACGCAGCAAGUGUUUGUGCCCAGCACCGAUGGCACCAGGAUUCCCAUGUUUGUGGUGUGCCGUAAAGGCCUCCCCCGCACAUCGGACCACUUCAGUCUCCUCUACGGAUAUGGCGGGUUCAAUAUCUGCAUCAAGCCAUCGUUUAGUGUGGCCCGGGUGCUGCUGAUGAGGCACUACGGGGCCGUGGUGGCAGUGGCGAAUAUCCGCGGAGGAGGGGAGUACGGGGAGAGGUGGCACAAGGGAGGAGCGUUGGGCAACAAGCAGCAGUGCUUCGAUGACUUCUAUAGCUGCGGGGAGUAUCUGAUCGGCGAAGGGUACACAUCGCAAUCAAAGCUGGUGAUAGAGGGUGGCAGCAACGGGGGGCUGCUCGUGAGUGCUGCCGUCAACCAGCGUCCAGACCUGUUUGCAUGUGCAUUGGCGCAUGUGGGGCUGACAGACAUGCUGCGACUCCACCACUUCACCAUCGGCCAUGCAUGGACCUCUGAGUAUGGCUGCUCCAGCGACCCGCACCAGCUCAAAUGGCUCCUCAGCUACUCCCCUCUGCACAACGUGAGGCGGCCCUGGGAAGCUGGCAACCCCACCAAAAGCAGCAACAGCACAGAAGCACAUUCUGAUUCCGCUGACAUGGCAACAACGGUUGACGUGGCAGCAACGGCUGAUGUGGCAGCAGCAAACAGGCAGUGGGGGGAGCGCAGGAGGCAGUACCCGGCGGUGAUGCUGCUGACGGGCGACCAUGACGACCGCGUGCCGCCCUCUCACUCUCUCAAAUUCGCCGCACAGCUGCAGCACGUGUUGGUGCACAGGUGGGAAGAGACUUGGGGUGGGUGGGUGGGAUGCUUGCAGCGUGAUCUGGUACACAGGUGGGCGGGUGCCGCCCUCCAACUCCCUCAAACACGCGGCUCAGCUGCAGCAUGUGUUGGUGCACAGGUGGGUGGUGCGGUGGGGGCAGCAUUUGUUGGUGCACAGGUGGGUGGUGCGGUGGGUAGCUGUUGGUGCAAAGGUGGGAUGCGAAUUGUGAUGCACAUGUGGUGGGCGGGUCCCUCUCACUCCCUCAAAUUCACGGCUUAG